UCAAUCAACCCUCCAUGUAAACAUCGUGGACUAGUUUCGGUGUCUCAAAAUUCCUGUGUAGAAUAAUUUUACCGUGUUCCCGUAAACCAACUUCAACCAAGAUGAGUCACGCGUACUACGCAGAUGCUAUGAACAAGUCUAACCGGCGCAUCAUGCGCUGGUACCAGAACAACUUGAUGUCCGUCCUCCAGGAUGCAAAGGACCGCCAAGUGCGAGAGGUGGACAUAUCAAUAGCUAUCGCGCAGAAUCUUAUGAAGAUAUUGGACGAGAAAGUAGCCAAACCUAUAGAGGUGCCGCUACGCGAGCUGAUUCCUUCCGAGAAGGACGACCUGAUGAAGCCGAUUGAGCCAGAGGUUGAGGAUCUGCUGUACGGAAGCACGGAGAAGGGCGCCGGCGAGAGGUAUCUGAAAGCCAGAAAUAAGAAGUCGCCCGAGGAUAAAUACUUCUUCCGCAUCGUAACAAGCUGGGACUACGGCUGGCAACAGAAGCAGUCCAGACAGCGCGCGCGUGACGUCAACCGCGGCCGCUGCGCCAUCUUGCGGGACACGUUCUACAGGAAGAACAACUUGGCGCCCGACCCGCGGCACUACUCGCAGCCGGCUGGCGGCGAAGUGUCCAUCUGCAGCGAAUACUCUUGCAACUUUAUGUAGAAGGAAUACAAGAACAAGACAAAAGGAACACUCGUACGGCUUCAAAAGUAAACAAGUCGGACUCACGGUACUACUCAGUCUGAGGAGAACCCAUCUUGGCUACGUCAGAAGAAUACAAGGAAAUGAGAGUAACACGACAGAAUAGAAUAAACCUAUGAUCAUAAACGCUCAUUAGCUUUGCUGUUGUCAUUUGACAAGCGAAUCGAAGCGAAAAUUUGAAGUUCUUGUGCAAGAUAAGUACCUAAAUAAGUGACAAACUAAAGCAGGGAAUCACCCAUUCUGGCGUGUAAAUCAAAGUCAGUUUUAUAGCAAAAAACAUAUAUUUUAUAAUUUUAUUAUUUACAAUAAUUCAACUUUUAUUUACAUAUUAACAACAGCAAGUGUACCCCUAUUCGUAAGGCCACAUCUAACUGUCUCUAUGGGAAUUAUUAAAAUAAAAAUGUAUACAGAA